UUACUGCGGGACUGAAGCGGCCAUUCUGACACUGGGGGGGGAAACUGACUACCUGCCACUGACAUCCCCAGUGACAUUAAUACAGUGAGCAGUGCUAAUAAAAAGCACUGACACUGUACUAAUGACACUGGGCAGAAAGGGGUUAACAUCUGGGGUGAUCAAAAGGUUAACUGUGUGCGGUGUGUGUUUUACUAUGUGUGCUGUGUGCUGUUUUACUUGGGAGACAUGCUGCUUUGUAUUUCUCUGCUGUGUAGAGAAAUACAAAGCAACAUGUCCAGGUCUCUCCCCUGUCAGCUUUGCUGACGAUCACCAAGUGCCAGCCGGGAAUCGCUGGCCGGGACCCGGU